UCAGAUUUCACUGCGACAGCCACGUGGGACUACUUUUUUAACGCAUGCGCAUUAUAUAUAUAAUACAGUAGUUCGAAAACUUCUAUCAUUUAAUCUUCGCAGUGUUAACGAAGGCGGGUAACAAAGAUAUUGGAAAGGAACUUCACGUGGUUGACAAAUACUCUUAUAAAUAUGCUUUUGAUAUUACCUUUAGAAAUUAGAUAACAGUUUAUAAAAAGAUUUGAAAACAGUCAAAAAUCAGUUUUACUGCACAACAGAUUUAUUUGGAUAUUCUGAUUUCUAAAUAAAUUUUCAAAAGAGAUAAAAAGCGCUCUUUUGGCCUCGUGGUUUUAAAGUAAAUUAUUAAUAUAAUCUAAAAGAAAAAGAUUGUUGUGAAGUAGGAACAGAUCAGAAAUAAGAACAAUGGAGCUACCAAAAUCAAAAUCUUGCUUAAAUGUAUGUCUAGUCGUGGUAUUCUUGUUAGGCGUUUUGACGAACUUUUCAAAGGCUGUUUCUCCAGAUCAGCUACAGACUGCAGGAUGGUCAGAUCAGGUUGACCAAGGCUCACAAUGGCAAAUGGCUUUCCGAGAAGAACUUAGAAGAGAAUUGGCGGAAUUUGCUGAAACUGAAGAACGAAUCCUGGCAAAAAUACGAGAAUUAAACAAAGAAAGAGAAAAUAUCAGAACAAUGAAACGCGGACAUACACAGUGCUUCUUGAAUCUUGUUUCUUGUUAUAGGAAACGGAAAUAGAUUACCUCAGCCGCACAUGCGCAGAACAAUCAUCUACAGAUGAUUUAAUAUUGUGAUCAUAUCUUUAUCAUGGGGCUUUUUUCUCUAUCGUUCAGAUGUCUAUAGUCAUGUGCAGCUUCUAACUGUCUUUCUUCGAUUUUUAAAAAAACAGUGUAAGCUUCUGAUACUAAAAAUCUUCGAACUAAAUUUAUUUUUUAGAAAUACAAGUUAGUGUUUCAAACUCUUAAGUGUUAUGAUCCGAAUAAGUACACGAGUUUUCUUUGAGAUCUCAAACUGAAUAAAGUAUUCCAAUGGCAUAUUUGUUCAACAUAUAACAAUUUCAAAUUAGAGUGGCAGCACUUGAAUAAUAUAUGUGCGACUUGGUAUAAAGAUUUACACUGCAGAAACAAACGGCUUCAAAAUCAGAUUUAUACACGAGUAGGUUUAACGCUUCAAACGUCUUCUAACGAACAAUGUAACAUAUCUCUUUAUCAUGAGAACGUUUAAUUUGUUAUCUGACCCGAAACCAAGUUUCCAACAAAAACUUUCCAUAUAACUUUUAUUAUUAAAUUACAUGAUGCUUUUAAAAAUUUGGGUUUAUUUCACAUCCUUUUGGUCAAUAAAAACUUACGAAACCCUUUAAA